UGGAAAUUAAACAACAUCUAAGUAAUCAAUGGGCCAAAGAAGUAAUCACAAGAAAACUGGAAGAUAAUUUGGGGUGAAUAAAAAUAAAGAUAAUAUACAGAAAACUUAUGGAAUACAAUGCAAGCAAUGGCUAGAAGCAAAUGUUUACUAAACUACCUGGUGACAGUACCAGCCCAGCUUAACUUCCCCUCUACCCAGAGAGUUUGUUUGGAUCUGAGCCCUGGGUGCCUUGAUGUAAAAUUCACUAUUACUCUGAAGACCAAGGACAAGACUCAGAAGUUGCUAGAAACCUCUGGAUUGAAGAAGAGGCACUUACAGUGCAUCUCCUUUCUGGUACCACCUCCUGCUGGUGGCACAGAGGAAGUGGCUACAAUCUGGGUUUCGGCUACUGGAAAUAAUACCAGCUUUGAGGAGAAGAAAAAGGUUCUAAUUCAGAGGCAGGGGAAUGGCGUCUUUAUACAAACUGACAAACCUAUCUACAACCCAGGGCAGGAAGUGCACUUCCGCAUUGUCACCCUGAACAGCAGCUUUAUCCCAGUGAAUGACAAGUACUCCCUGGUGGAGCUGCAGGAUCCAAAUAGCAACAGGAUCGCACAGUGGCUGGAAGUGGUUCCUGAGCAAGGCAUUGUAGACCUCUCCUUCCAGCUGGCACCAGAGGCAACGCUGGGAACCUAUACAGUAGCAGUGGCCGGGGGCACGGCCUUUGGCACCUUCAGUGUGGAAGAAUAUGUGUUGCCUAAGUUUAAGGUGGAUGUGGUGGAGCCCAGGCAAUUAUCAACAAUGGAGGAAUCCUUCUUAGUGAAAAUCUGUUGUAGGUACACCUACGGAAAGCCCAUCCUGGGGACAGCACAGGUAUCUGUGUGUCAAAAGGCAUAUACUUACCAUUUUCCAGAGGCAGGACGGGAACAGCUACCUGACAAGUGCAGGAAUCUUUCUGGACAGACAGACAAAACAGGAUGCUUCUCUGCUUCUGUGGACAUGUCCACUUUCAACCUCACUGGUUACAUGUACAGCCACACCAUCAAUAUUGUGGCUACUGUGGUGGAGGAAGGUACAGGAGUAGAAGCCAAUACUACUCAGGAUAUCUACAUUUCUUCAGAAGUGGGAUCAAUAACCUUUGAAGACACCAAAGACUUUUAUUACCCCAAUUUCCCCUUCAGUGGGAAGAUAAGAGUUAGGGGCCAUGAUGGCUCCCUUCUCAAGAAUCAUUCAGUAUAUCUGGUGAUUUAUGGCACAAAUGGAACCAUCAAUCAGACCCUAACUACAGACAAUGACGGCCUUGCUCCCUUCAAGCUGGAUACAGUUAAUUGGAGUGGGGGAGAUAUUUCUCUGGAGGGAAGAUUCCAAAUGGAAAAUUCGGUGUAUAAUCCGGGACAGAAGCCUCAUUACUACAGAAAUGGCUAUCUGCAUGUGCAGCCCUUCUACAACCCAACUCGGAGCUUUGUUGGCAUCCACCGGCUACAUGGAGUCUUGGCGUGUGGCCAGCCCCAGGAAGUGCUGGUGGAUUAUUACAUCGAUCCUGCAGACGCAAACCCUGAUCAGGAAGUCAUCUUCUCCUACUAUUUAAUAGGGAAAGGGCAUUUGGAGAUGGAGGGGCAGAAACACCUGGACUUUGAGGAGGAAGGAACAAAAGGCUCUUUUUCCCUCUCACUGACCUUCACUUCCAGACUAGCCCCUGAUCCUUCCCUGGUGAUCUAUGCCAUUUUUCCCAGUGGAGGCAUUAUAGCUGACCAAAUUCAGUUCUCAGUAGAGAUGUGUUUUGACAAUCAGGUUUCCCUUGGCUUCUCACCUUCCCAGCAGCUUCCAGGAUCAGAUUUAGAACUACAGCUACAGGCAGCUCCUGGGUCCCUGUGUGCAGUCCGGGCUGUGGAUGAGAGUGUCUUACUGCUUAGGCCAGAGACAGAGCUGAGCAACAAUUCUGUCUAUAGGAUGUUCUCAUUCUCGUAUGGUCACUACCCCUAUCAGGUGGCUGAAUAUGAUGAGUGUCCAAUGUCUGGCGCCUGGGAUGCUCCUCAGCCCCUCUCAGUUAUGUGGAGGCCUUGGGUCUCUGAAGGCAUGGACCUUUUCCAUUUUUUUCAGGGUAUGGGCCUGAAAAUACUGUCCAAUGCCAAAAUUAAGAAGCCAGUAGACUGCAGUCAUCAGUCUCUAAAAUAUAGCACUGCAGUGUCUGAAGUGAAUUAUGAUAUUGGUGAAGCGAGUUUUGGGUCAUCAUCACCUUCAUCACUUCAGUCACAGGACUCUCAGGUCCGCCAGUACUUCCCAGAGACUUGGCUCUGGGAUCUGUUUCCUAUCGGUGACUCUGGGAAGGAGGCUAUCCAUGUCACGGUUCCCGAUACCAUCACUGAGUGGAAGGCCAUGACUUUCUGUACCUCCCAGUCCAGAGGCUUUGGUCUUUCACCUACUGUUGGACUGACUGCUUUCAAGCCAUUCUUUGUUAAGCUGACUCUCCCUUACUCAGUAGUUCGUGGGGAAUCCUUUCGCCUUACUGCCACCAUCUUCAAUUAUCUGAAGGACUGCAUCAGGGUUGAGACUAACCUGGGUACAUCAGAUAAGUACCAGGUGGAAUCAUGGACAGAUUCUCAGGGCUCCAGCUGUCUCUGUGCUGAUGAAGCAAAAAGCUAUCACUGGAAUAUCACUGCUAUCAAGUUAGGUCACGUGAACUUUACCAUCACUACUAAGAUUCUGGACAGCAAUGAACUCUGUGGGGGGCAAAAGGGGUUUGUUCCAGCAAAGGGCCAGAGUGACACACUCAUCAAACCAGUUCUGGUCAAGCCAGAGGGAGUCCUUGUGGAGAAGACAUACAGCUCACUACUUUGCCCAAAAGGACAAGUGGCUUCAGAAUCCAUCUCGCUGGAGCUCCCUGCAGAUGUUGUUCCUGAUUCAAGCAAGGCUUAUGUUACGGUUCUGGGAGACAUUAUGAGCACAGCCCUACAGAACCUAGACAAUCUGGUGCAGAUGCCAAGCGGCUGUGGGGAGCAGAACAUGGUCUUGUUUGCUCCUAUAAUCUAUGUCUUGCAGUAUCUGGAGAAGGCAAAGCUGCUGACAAAGGAAAUCAGGUCUCGGGCAGUGGGUUUCUUGAAUCUAGGGUACCAGAAGGAGCUAAUGUACAAACGUAGAGACGGCUCAUACAGUGCCUUUGGGGAAGAGGAUGGAGAUGGAAACACAUGGCUGACAGCGUUUGUCACCAAAUGCUUUGGCCAAGCUCAAGAAUUCAUCUUCAUUGAUGACAGUAAUAUCCAGGAUGCUCUCAACUGGCUGGCAGGAAAGCAGCUCCCCAGAGGUUGCUACGCCAAUGUGGGAAGGCUCAUUCACACAGCUAUGAAGGGCGGCGUUGAUGAUGAGAUUUCCUUGACUGAGUACAUCACAGCGGCAUUGCUGGAGAUGGGAAUGACCACACAUGACCCGAGGGUGAGUCAGGGUCUGCAGUGCCUCAAAGGUUCAGUUUUCUCCACUACCAGCCUCUACGCACAGGCCCUCCUAGCUUAUACAUUCUCUCUGGCUGGGGAGAUGGACAUCAGAGACAUUCUCCUUGAAAAGUUAGACCAGCAGGCUAUCAUCUCAGGAGAGUCCAUUCACUGGAGCCCAAAGCCUGCUCUGUCCCUGGAUGCCAGACCUUGGUCUCAGCCUGAGGCUGUAGAUGUGGAACUGACAGCAUAUGUCCUACUGGCCCAGCUUAGCAAAGCCAGCUUGAUUCAAAAGGAGAUCGCCAAGGCCACUGCCAUAGUGGCUUGGUUGGCCAAGCAACGUAAUGCAUAUGGAGGCUUCUCUUCUACUCAGGACACUGUAGUUGCUCUCCAAGCUCUUGCCAAAUAUGCCACUACUGCCUAUGUGUCAUCUGAGGAGGUCAGCCUGGCUGUAACAUCCACUGAGGAUUUCCAGCACGAUUUCAACAUUCAGGCUGCCAACCGGUUGGUACUUCAACAGGAGAAUCUGCCCAAUGUCCCUGGGGUGUACACUUUGGAGGCCUCAGGCCAGGGCUGCGUUUAUGUGCAGACGGUGCUGAAAUACCAUAUUCCCCCUCCUAAAUUUGCGGACACCUUUAGUCUUAGUGUGGAAAUGGGAAAAGCUAGAUGUGAGCGAGCUACUUCUCGAUCCUUGACACUUACUGUGCAUACCAGUUAUGUGGGCAGUCGCAGCUCUUCCAAUAUGGUCAUUGUCGAAGUGAAGAUGCUUUCCGGGUUCAGUCCCAUGGAGGGCACCAAUCAGUUGCUUCUCCAACAGCCUCUGGUGAAGAAGGUUGAAUCUGGAACUGACGUACUGCAUAUUUAUUUGGAAGAGCUGAGUAAGAAGACUCAGACCUAUACCUUCACCAUCAGCCAAAGUGUGUUAGUCACUAACCUGAAACCAGCAACCAUCACAGUUUAUGACUACUAUCUCCCAGAUGAACGGGCAACAGUUCAGUAUUCUGACCCCUGUGAAUGAGGAUAGAAGUUGGAAAGAGACUGAUUUAAUCCUCUGUGACAUUACUGGACAGCAUUCUUCUGCCUCUUAAAGCAAAAUACAUUCAAUCAAAUAAUGUGCUUUCUGUGACUGACUAGAGAGUGAGUAAUAAAUGAGCAGGCUUGAACCUCAGCUACUUUCUACUACGUAGACGCAUAGACGCCAGAAUGAAGGGCUGCGGGAGAUGGGGAGGAAUAUUCACACAAAGAGGAAUUACAUGGAAAAGCCCACUGGGAGAGGAAAUGUGGUUUAGCCACAUAGGGGAACUCUCCAGAGGGGAUACAGAGGUGAUCCACGGAAGAUAAAAACAUCUUCCUGAGGGUUAAAUCUAAGAGAAGAUGUAACUUAGGGCUUUGGGAAUAGAUUAAAAAUAUUUUUUUCUUUGGAAAGAAAAUCUGCGUCCUUGGCCCUGUGCAUAUUUCUGUGGAUACCAAAGGUUCUGUUUGAAGAUGAUGAUCUCCCUUUAACCAAAACUCACAUUCUGGCUUCUUCAUUAGACCUUUUGACCCAGACAUGUCAGAGAAUCAUAUUUACGGAUUCAGGUGGGGUCAGAGUAGAGAAUCCUAAAUAAGGGACUGACUGUGUUCAGCCAGCCAAGCACUGCAGGACAAAACAUGAUUGAUAAAAGACUAGCUGACCAGGAUUCCCUAUCUCUGCCUUUCUGCAUUUCAUCCAAGUAGUCCAGCACACUCAUGGGUUUGUGUAUGUGUGUGUGUGUCUAAAAGUUAGUUUGAGAAAGUAGAGAGAAAUUGUACAAUACAUGUACAAUACAUGAGAGAGGAAAACCUUUGCUUCUAACCCCUUCUAUUCAGUGCCUGGGUCCUGUGAAUUAAACUGGCAAAAGACAGAUUAGCAGGAGAAAAGAUCUAUUUGUAUGCACCAGGUCACUUCACAGGAAAAAAGUGAAAACCCCAAGAAUCAGUUAGGCCUGGGGGCUUAUAUUAUUAGUUUUACAAAGGGUGAUGCUGUUGUGGAAGAAAUGACAAAACAAAGGAAAAGGGAUUUGGGCUUCUAGGUGCAAUGACAUUGCAUGAAAGUAAAUAAAUAGAGGGGGAAAGGAAUAGAAGAUUGAGGCUAUUUUAGUAAGGUUUACUUGUGCAGAUACAAAUUAAUGCUGACUGGGCACCUGGGUGGCUCAUUUGGUUAAGUGUCAGCCUUAGGCUCCUGUCAUGAUCCUGGGGUCCUGGGAUUGAGUCCCACAUCAGACUCACUGCUCCAUGGGGAGUCUACUCCCUCUCCCUCUGCUCCUUCUCUCUCUCCAUCUCAUUCACUCACUCUCUUAUCAAAUCAAUAAAUAAAAUCUUAAAAAAAAAUUAAUGCUGACUUUCUAUCUCCUGUGAUAAAGGUUGGUCUCUUCCUGGUAUGGGAGAAGGGAGUGGAGACACUCUCACAAAAGGAAAUUAAUGCUUUGCUUUCAGGCAGAAACGGGGAAGGAGGAAAGCAGAGAGUUCUUCCUGUAUCUGCUUCCCGAUGUCCCUUUGGUCUCCCCACCUUACCCUUAUUUCUCUAGGAACACCAAACUACGUUUAGUUUCCUGUUUCUAAUAUGUUCUCUGAUAAUUCUGAAACAUGCUUUUUAUGCUGCUUGCAAAGCCUCUCCAUCUCCACCUCAACCCUGCCUGGAGGACUUUCCUUGGUCCUGUAAGCUAUGGCCUGCAAGGUGUGUUUUCUACUCUAGUAAGUCUUCCGCAAGAACUCCUCUCCAUUCCUACAGCACUAUGUACUUCCUACUGAGGACUUACCAAACUGGGCUCACAUUUUCUGUUAGAAACUGCAUAUUCUGGGUUGCCUGGGUGGCUCAGUCUUAACGAUUCUCCCCUUCCCCCUCCCCCUGCUCGUGUUCCCUCUCUCGGUGUCUCUCUCUCUGUCAAAUAAGUAAAUAAAAAUAUUUGGGUAAAAAAAGAACCCUGGAGGAACAGCAUCCUUUUGCAAUCAUGCAGAUGAAAGCCAUAUGCUGAAGCUGAGAGAGCAGAAAGAUAAAAGGUGUUUGGGUGUCUGAUGACAUCACGGAUCUGUCCUGUUCUUGGACAUAUUGGAUAGGUAAUGAAAAUAAUAAAUGGUUUACUUAUUUAAAAACUUUUUUUUUUUUAAAGAUUUUUUAUUUAUUUAUUUGACAGAGAGAAAUCACAAGUAGAUGGAGAGGCAGGCAGAGAGAGAGAGAGAGAGAGGGAAGCAGGCUCCCUGCCGAGCAGAGAGCCCGAUGCGGGACUCGAUCCCAGGACCCUGAGAUCAUGACCUGAGCCGAAGGCAGCGGCUUAACCCACUGAGCCACCCAGGCGCCCCGAGAUUUUA